UUUUUGAUCUUCUUCCAUAUUCCAACAAGAGAGUGGUAACGAACUUCUUGCAACAAGCACUAGGCGAUCCUACGCUGAAUGACGUGUACGUGCUCUCAACAUUCAAACUGCAGCCGAAGAGCACAGCCACUGUAUUUGGCCUGUAUUCGUUAGCUGACAACAGCAAGUAUUUUGAAUUUACGGUAAUGGGACGGAUGAAUAAAGUGGUGCUGCGCUAUCUGAAGAGCGAUGGGAGGUUGAAUUCUGUGAUCUUUAGCAACAUCCAGCUGGCUGAUGGGAAACCCCAUGCUGUCAUCUUGUGGCUGAGUGGCCUGCAGCAGGGAUUGAGCACAAUAGAGUUGUAUAUGGACUGCCUGCAAGUAGGGGCUGUUCAGGAUCUGCCAAAAGCAUUUUCCUCACUGUCUCAGACGGCGGCGGCGGUAGAGUUGCGUACUUUCCAGGAGAAGCCACAGGAUACGCUAGACGAGCUGAAACUGGUAACUGGAGGAACACUUGCCCAAGUGGGGAACCUGCAGGAUUGUUUUCUUCAACAAAUUGAACCUGUUCCUCAGUACACUGGUGAUUUUAAUAGGCAGCUGAUGAGUCAGAUGAUCCAGAUGAACCAAAUACUGGGAGAUGUGAAAGACCUUCUCAGACAACAGGUCAAAGAAACAACUUUUCUGAGAAAUACCAUAGCUGAGUGCCAAGCAUGUGGUUUGGGAGCUGUGAAUUUUCCAACUCAGCUUCCUAGGCGCAGUAAACCCAGAUGUGAAGUUAAUUCCUGCUUCAGGGGAGUCAGGUGUGUGGACACAGCAGAGGGAUUUCAGUGCGGCCCCUGCCCUGAAGGGCUCACGGGAAAUGGAGUUACCUGCUCAGAUAUCGAUGAGUGUCGUUACAACCCUUGCUUCCCUGGUGUGCGAUGUGUGAACACUGUUCCAGGUUUCCAGUGCGAGACCUGUCCCCCAGGAUAUACAGGACAAACUGUGCAAGGGAUAGGACUCAGCUAUGCCAAGAGCAAUAAGCAGGUCUGCUUAGAUAUUGAUGAAUGUCAGAGUGGUGGACUUGGACUCUGUGUUCCAAAUUCUCAUUGCAUAAACACUUUG